CAGUGAAUUAACAAUUUAUAGUGAUAAGACAAAAAGUGAUAAAAUAAAUAACAAAUGAAUAGUAUAGUUGCUGCUACAGUUCCGCGAAUAAUAAUCACAGAUGAUGAUAAUGAGAAUGAUUAUAAAGUUGAGCAGGAAGAAUCAGAAGAUGAAGAACUUCUCGCUCGACGAAAUAGAAUUUUACAAAGACGACAAAUUGCUCAACAAAAUACACUUAGUGUCUGCAAAUUAUCUGACAAAAAUAGGGCCGACAGGCUAUCACGCCCACGGAUGUCGCUGCUGGGUAAACCUCUCAACUAUAAUCGGGGAGCGCGACGAGAUGCCCGAUAUAGGCGCUUACAAUCGCGCGUCUAUAACUUCUUAGAACGUCCUCGUGGGCUACCAGCUAUUUUAUAUCAUGUCAUGGUUUUUUUAAUGGUAUUCACAUGCUUAGCCUUAAGUGUCUUCUCCACAAUCGACGACUACGAGAAGGAUGCAGCUGACCUGCUAUUUAAGCUGGAAAUUAUCGUAGUGAUAUGGUUCACAAUAGAAUUCGCUUCCAGGAUCUGGGCAUCAGGAUGCCGUUCUCGAUAUCAAGGUGGCAUCGGUCGCCUCAAAUUCUUAAAAAGACCAUUUUGUAUUAUAGACAUAAUAACAAUAGCAGCGUCAAUCGUAGUUAUUGGCAUGGGAGCAUCGGGGCAAAUGUUUGCAACAAGUGCACUUCGUGGUCUACGCUUCUUCCAAAUACUUCGGAUGGUUCGUAUGGAUCGACGAGGUGGUACUUGGAAAUUACUCGGAAGCGUAGUGUAUGCUCAUAGACAAGAACUCAUAACAACACUGUAUAUUGGAUUUUUAGGCCUUAUAUUCGCAUCGUUCUUAGUUUAUUUAAUGGAAAAAGAUAAUGAAAAAACGAAAUUUAAUAACUUCGCUCAGGCUUUAUGGUGGGGCGUUAUUACGCUGUGUACAGUCGGUUAUGGUGAUAUGGUGCCUGAAACAUGGCAAGGAAAAAUAAUCGCAUCAUUCUGUGCACUACUCGGAAUAUCAUUUUUUGCAUUGCCUGCGGGCAUCCUUGGCAGCGGAUUUGCCUUGAAAGUACAGCAACAACAAAGACAAAAGCACAUGAUACGUCGACGACAGCCAGCGGCAACAUUAAUCCAAUCACUAUGGAGAUGUUAUGCAGCGGAUGAGCAUUCAUUAUCAGAAGCAACGUGGAAGAUACAUCAAGUGCCAUUGCCUUCACCACCACCAUCACUGGGUAGUAAAUUUAGAUCGAAAUUGGAACCUCCUGAUAAAAUAACGCCGGUGUCUGCUGCUAUGCGAGCAUCAUCGAGCUUCAAGCACAAUGCAUCUUUUGUGGCGAGACUUCCAACAAUUCGUCGUCAUAAAAGUCAGUCUUUACAUUCGCCGGGUAAUCAAUUGAAGCCUGCUGGUGGUAGUCAACGCGGUCGAAAUUGUCCAAGGACAAUGAAUGAAAUCAAUAAUUCAUCUGAGAAUCUCGAUGUGACCAAUAAUGGGAAGCCAAUGAACGCGAGUCUCUCAGAAGAUUCUGUUGCCGAGACGGCCCUCGCUAAAAAGAAUUCCGAUGAUGAAGACGAAGAGCCUCACUGUGUUCAACUGACAAAUCAACACAAGGCAGCAAUAAGAUUCAUUCGAAAGAUGAAGUAUUUCGUAGCGCGACGAAAAUUUAAGGAAGCCCUAAAGCCAUACGAUGUUAAAGAUGUCAUGGAACAAUAUGCUGCUGGACAUGUUGAUCUACUAGGGCGAGUGAAAAAUGUUCAAACUAGAUUAGACCAGAUAUUAGGAAAACAAGGAUCUAAAGCAAAAGACGUGUAUGCAUCGAAAAUAAGUUUAGCAUCUCGUGUUGUUAAAAUUGAAAGACAGGUCGACGAUGUAGAAACCAAAUUAGAUAAUUUGAUUGAACUGUAUAUGCAGGACAGGAAGCGAUUAUUAUCACUUCCGAUAUGUCCUGAGCCACCACAUUCCAAUAAUCUUCCUCAAUUGCCGCCAAACCCUCCAAGUGGCGGUGCUUCGAUCGUUAUUAAUAAUUCGACAAUUAAUAGUAGUGCAAAUGGUGCUAGUUGUAGUAGUGGAUCACUCAAGGUAAAAAUGCCUAAGCCAAUUUUAGUAGAUAAACAAUCAAGCGAACCUAACUCUCCAAUCGCCAAAAGUUUUGACGAACGUCAAGAGGAGGAACUUGAACGACAACAUCACGAACAUCAUCUAAUGUUGUCAAAUUAUGAUCAGAAACGGCCACCAAUGAAUCGGGGCUAUUCUGAUUUGGGAAGUCGUAUGAAAAAGCGUGUAACAUUAAGUAGCUCAAUUCCAACACAAUAUGCAAGUCAUUUGGAAAAUGAUUGCAGUGGUACUGGCGAUGUUGUGAUAGUUGUUCCAUCAAUGGACAACCUACCUGAACGUUCUGAUACUCAUUCACAUCACAUUUGCAUAGACACAGAAGGUGAAGUGGAGCCGAUUAGUCCAAAGACAAUUACCGAAAGUUCAAUGGUUCUAUUAGAUGAAGAGGAUGAAGAUUGUGAAGAUGAAGACUUAAAUGAAGAAGAUCUUGACAUAGGAACAGAAAUCGAUCCCGAUUCACCACCAUGGGAUAUGUAUUGUGAGCCAGAUAUCGACGAUAAUGAUGACUCCAAUGAGGAUACGGCUCUUCUACGAGCAAAAGCAGCACGAACGGAAAUUGUUAUAACACCAAUUAGUCCUGUAAGUUCUUCAAAUGACAUUGUUCGCAUGGGACAAACGAAUCGCACAAAUGGAAGCGGCAGCAAUUCAAACCGAAUGGAUUUACUAAAGCCCGAUAUGCAACCACAGCGACUUCUUUCCGAGGACAUUUGAGAUUUAGUGAAAUUUUUAUUUUAAUCUUUUAAUUUCCACAUGAAAAAAAUAAAUAAAUUCUUGAAACCACAAACGAUGCUACAUCGUAGAUUUAAUGCCGUACAAUGAAAAAUUACAGCCGCAUAAAAAGAUAUAAUUUUUAACAUUUUUUUUUAAAAUAUUUUAUUUUUUGUUGAAAAUGUCAAAACAAGAUUUAUCAGCAAUGGAAGCAAAUCAAGAAGUCAUUAGAUUGUGAGAAUCAGAGAACCGAGUUUAAAUUUGUUUUAAAUGAUUCUUAGAAUAAUUAAUAAAAUAGUGAAAAGGAAUAUGAAGUCUAUAAUAAUUUUAAAAAGGAUUGGCAAUGAGAAGAAAAAGUCAUUUAGGUAGCUAUAAAAUUUUAAAAUAGAUUCAAAUUUGUAGCUUUGAAUUAAAAUUAUGAGAAGGUUUUGAGGAUACUUUGAAGAAAAAUUUCAUGUCUCAAGUAAUUUCAAUAAUGUUGAAGUAGAGUAGAAUCUGGAGGAUCGAGUCAUAUGAAAGUAAAUCUGCUAGUUGAAGUCAAAUGAAAAAUUAAAAUCUGUAAAUUGUCAUUUGUGAGGAAGUGGGUUCAAUUCCCACUAGACACCGUUUCCUCGCUAAGGUGGAUUCUUAUACAUAUGGCUCUAUUUUGUAGGUUCUACUCUUAUUUGACACCACAAUCACAAUUCAAAUUGAAUUUCAAUAGAAUUUGACAUUCUUAUGAUCAAUUUCAUAAAGAUUUCAGUCUAAGAAUCUGUCUUAUUAGCUAUCAAAUUAAAGUUUAAAGUUGUUCUCAAACAUUUUAUCGCUUUGAUUUAUAAGAAUAUAUUAAAUCCAUGCCAUUGAGCACAUCCUGUUCAAUCAAAUGAAAUCGAAAGUAUUUGACACAGAUCAUAAUCGCAUGUCACCAUUUGGAAGUCAUUCGGUGUUUUAAAGGAUCUAUAGUUUGAAAACUUUAAAUACAUUAGACAAAUUCUGAUAUUUUUUAAAACAUUGCUUUUUUAAGGAUUCAUAAAUUAAUUUUUCAAAUUUAAAUCAAAAAGUUCUCGAAAAUUUUAAAGCUGAAAUCGCAUAAGAACACAAACAGAACUAAGCACAAUAAAAUUGAACUUUGUGGACAAUUCAAGAAAGAAACACACAAAAAAUAAUUAAUUUAAAAAACUAUUUAGAAAGCGAAUUAAUCGACAUAAUUAAUUGAAAAGUCCCGAUCAUAAUCUCAUUAGAAAGUAAAAAGUAUAGAAUCAAAAACCAAUUUUAAUAAUGAAAAGAUGAUGACGAUGAUUCAAGAACAAAAAAACACAAAAAAUGACACUUUUAGUAUAUUAAGAAGAAUUAAUUCUAACGAAAUUAUUAUCUUUGAUAAGUUCGACAGCGAUUGAAAAUUAAUUUGUCUCUUUCAGAUUGUUCAUUGUCCUUUAAAAGAUGAUUUUCUUAGAAAUCUAUAAUCAAACUUGCUCCUCGUCUUAGUCACAAAAAAAAUUGACAUUAAGUUCGGUCACUGAACUUAUUUUCAAAGUUGAAUGAUUUUAUUUUUCAAAUCCUUUUAAAUCAUUGAGUAGAAAGAUUUUAGAUGUAAUGGAAAGGACACAUUAUGAGCUUAACAUAAUAAUGGCUAUCUUUAAAAUCUGAUUUAUUUGAGAUUGUUAUGAAAAGUUAUUGCUAUAAUUUCUAGCGGUUUUCAUGAGUGAUAGUCUGUGACUAAUUCAAUUCUUCGUUCUUAGUUAUGUAUGGUUUUUGUGGUAUCAUUGUUUCUGGAAGAGUAAUUUUCAUGCAUAAGAACUCACACUUGGUGAAAUAUUGUUCAGUCAAACCUAUACAAAGUUAUUGUAAUGCUAGACAAAUUAAGACAAUGACCUUCAAAAAGUAAUUAACAGUUUCAAGUUAAUCUUAAAGUCAAAUAAAGUAAAAACUUCAAGAUACUAAAACAAUCUUAAAAUUUUGAACUUUAAAGGACACACAAAAACAAGUUUAUCG